UUUUUCCAGAGUUGAAGAUUUUGCAGAGAGAGAGAUAAUACACAGAAAAGGAAAGGGUUUUUGGUUCGGAGAAGAGGUUUCAGAGGUAGUUACUAUAUACUAGUGGGUGAGGUGAGGGUGAUACAAUCUAUACCGUUGAAUCUUCUGUAUCUCGUAUCCGUUCCGUUGAUUUAUUAUCUUCUUCAAUCUCUGACGGUCCCGAUUUGUUUGAAUCAAGCUUCUGUUGAUUCCUCAGUUUCUGAUUUUGGUCCCUUGGGUUAAUCCUUUAUUAGAAGAUGGCUUCUCCUCCACAAUAGCAAUUUUUGCAAUCUACUCUUUUGCUGUUCACCACUUGGUUUCGUUCUUCUUAGGCUGUGUUGUUGUGGUGACAAAUUGGCUUCAAAAGGAGUCGGUUAAUUAUUGAUUGUUUAUUUGGAUUUCGAAAAGCAUUGGUGUUUUGAAUAUCUGGUGUCUGCUAGAGUGAGAAAAAGGAAGCUGUUUGCUGCUGUGCCCUUUGUCGUAGAACGUCUGCAGGUGCCCUUGUUCUUCCAUGUCUCCUAACUUGGACAGCGCUGUUCAGACUCAGAUGGCAGUUGCAGUUCCAAAUGGCCCAAUUAAUGGAGAAUAUCAUGGGAACAGCAACAAGACGGAGGCAAAGCAUACAACUGGGAGGAGACGUGUUUUUGUGCAAACUGACAUGGGUUUUGUUUUGGGGUUAGAUUUGGAUCGCACCGAUAAUGCCCAUACCGUGAAAAGGAAACUGCAAGUGGCUUUUAAUGUCCCGACUGAUGAAAGCUCACUUGUAUUUGGGGAUCGUGUGCUGAAUAACGAUUUGGAUGCAGUUCGAAAUGACUCCCCUCUUCUGCUCAAAAGGAACAUCAUGCAUAGAAGUUCAUCAACUCCUUGUCUCUCUCCUGCAGCUACCGAUCUUCAGCAAAAAGAUCGAAGUGGCCCUAUUGAAAUAUUAGGGCGUUCGGCUCGUUUUGUGAUUACGAAGCAACUGGUGAAGGAUAUAGUGAAGGCUAUUAAGAUGGGUGUUGAUCCAUUGCCUGUUCAUAGUGGGAUGGGUGGUGCUUACUAUUUCAGAAACAGCAAAGGUGAGAGUGUUGCUAUUGUGAAACCAACUGAUGAAGAGCCCUUUGCACCAAAUAACCCAAAAGGUUUUGUUGGGAAAGCCCUUGGACAGCCAGGCCUGAAGCGGUCAGUUAGGAUUGGUGAGACAGGGUAUAGAGAAGUCGCCGCUUACCUACUCGACCAUGAUCAAUUUGCCAAUGUGCCUCCUACUAUGCUGAUAAAGGUAACUCAUUCCGUCUUCAAUGUUAAUGAAGGGGUCAAUAGCAAAUGUCAUCAGAAGAAUCAGGUUAGCAAGAUUGCAUCUUUCCAGCAGUUUGUUCGUCACGAUUUUGAUGCCAGUGACUACGGUUGCUCCAGCUUCCCUGUUACUUCUGUGCAUAGGAUAGGGAUAUUGGAUAUCAGGAUCUUUAACACUGACAGACAUGGUGGAAACCUUCUGGUGAGGAAAGGUGACGGAAUUGGAGGAUUUGGGCAGAUGGAGCUCAUCCCCAUCGACCAUGGCCUUUGCUUGCCCGAAGACCCCGAGGACCCUUAUUUUGAGUGGAUACAUUGGCCGCAGGCCUCGAUUCCCUUUUCUGAGGAUGAGCUCGAGUAUAUAUCAAAACUCGAUGCUGUUAAGGAUGCCGAGAUGCUUCGGAUUGAUCUGCCAAUGAUCCGGGAGGCAUGCCUUCGUGUAUUGGUUCUCAGCACAAUUUUUCUAAAGGAAGCAGCAGCAUUUGGUCUUUGUCUUGCUGAGAUUGGGGAAAUGAUGACUAGGGAAUUUAGGAGCCGCGAAGAAGAACCAAGUGAAUUUGAGGUUGUUUGCAUUGAGGCCAGGAGGAGGGUGAUAGCAGAUCGGGAAAUCUCAUCUCCUGAAGCUGAAAAUGGUGAAGAACGAGAAGAUCACGAAGAAUUUCAGUUUGAUUUAGAUUGUGUGGAAGCCGAAAACGAAGUCGUGCGAAAGUUAGGCGAGGAUUUCUACACCAAGGCUCCAUUUAAUAUGGGGUUCCGAGGUGGGUUUGGGCGAAACCCACUCACUAAAUUAGAGGAGAGCAUUGAGGAGGAAGAUAGUGAAGGCGAAGAAGAUGCUGGAAAGCUGCAUUUUGAUGGCGGUUUUUCUGUUAAGAACAUUACCCCGAAAAUUCCGAAACUCUCAAUGUCGUUAAAGAAUAUCAGCCUAGGUGAGAGAAAACCCUUGUUUCAGGUUGCAAAACCAGAAGGAAAUCAUCUGGCAGGUACUUCUUCAGGUGAUUGGAGGAGUGCCAAUGAGCAGGUGCCUGGGAGCUCGUGCUUCGUAAAAGUUUCAGACAUGAAGGAGAGUGAGUGGGUUUUGUUUCUUGAUAUAUUCCAAGAGCUUCUCCAUCCUGCAUUUGAAAGCCGUAGAUCUGUGGGUAUUGGACAGAAGCAAAGGCUUGGAACAUCGUGCCAGUUUUGAGAACUACAAUCAGUCCUUUUAGGAUAAAGAGGUUAGAUGGAAGAAGAAGAAGAAAAAGAAUAAAGAACUGAUAUGGUGUUGGGAGCAAGUGAGAAGGAAUGUUAGUGUGUAGGUUUCGCCUCAGAUUUCCUUGCAGCAUGAGGGAAUUUUAAGGUGGGAGUAGUGGUAGUGUAGCAUUUAUAGUAGCAAGACUUUGCUGUAAAUAUUCUUUUAGGAAUUGUAGUGUUGGAGAGAUUCAGAUUGAGAGGGAGGGAGAGUAAGAGUAAGAAACUCGUUGAGCUUGAGUUUGAAUGUUUGCUUGAUUUUUCUUUCUUUAUUUUCUUUUUCCACUGCUUAUCUGGCGUUCAGUUAGAACAUUAUCUUGAAUAAUAAAACCAAGGGAAAGAAAAGUUUAUGUACAGCC